AUGUAUAAAUAGCUUAAAGUUUUAGAUUUAUCUAGGAUAUUAGUUGGACCAUAUGCUACAAUGCUUCUUUCUGAUUUAGGUGCUUAAGUUAUAAAGGUUGAAUCAUUUGAAGGAGAUGAAACUAGAAAAUGGGGACCACCAUUCUUUAAUAAUUAAAGCACUUAUUUCUUAUCAAUUAAUAGAAGCAAAUUAUCAAUUUGUGUAGAUCUCAAAAAGGGAAAUUAAUUCAUCAAAUAAUUAGUUGAAUAAUCUGAUGUUUUAGUUGAAAACUUUACUUCUGGUGUAAUGGAUCGAUUGGGUCUAGGUUAUGAUGAAUUAUCAAAAAUAAAUCCAAGAUUAAUAUAUGCUUCUGUUAAUGGUUUUGGAUCAAAUAAUAAUUAACCAGGAUUUGAUUAUAUUAUGUAAGCAGAAACUGGUUUUAUGCAUAUUACAGGAGAGAAAGAUAGAGAACCAAUGAAAGUUGGUGUUGCUAUAAUUGAUGUAUUGACAGCUUUAAAUCUUUGUAAUGGAAUAUAAGGAGCAUUAUAUCAAAGAAUUCACACAAAUAGAGGAUGUCAUAUUUAGACAUCUUUAUAUGAGAGUGCAAUAGCUAGUCUUGUAAAUGUGAGUGGAAUGUAUUUAAAUGGAUAGAAGGAUAUGCAUAGAAUGGGUAAUCAACAUCCAUCAAUUUCUCCUUAUGGUACUUUUAAAAUAAAAAACAAAUAUAUUGUAAUAGGAGUAGCUUAAGAUAAUUAAUUCUAAUCUUUAUGUAAGAUUUUGAAUCUUAAUCAUUUAAUAAAUGAUGAAAAAUAUAAAGAGAAUAAAGGUAGAGUUUAGAAUAGUGAGAAAUUAAAGAGAAUUAUAGAAGAAGCAUUAGAGAAUUGGGAUGUUGAAAAUUUAAUAAAUGAAAUGAAAAAGAAUAAGAUUCCAGUAGGAGAAGUAAAAUCAGUAGGAUAAUGUUUAGAUAGUUAACAUUCAAAAUCAUUGAAUAUGGUGAUAGAACUUGAGAAUGGAGAGAAAAUAAUUAGAAAUCCAUUAAGUUUUAGUAAUAUAAAUUUGGAUUAUCCAAAAUAGGCGCCUUAUUUGAAUGAACAUAGGGAUGAGAUUUGUAAAUAGUUUGGUAUCAACAAUGUUGAUAAAUUAAUAUAGGAUGGAAUAUUGAAAUGAA